CAGAAGUAUUGGUUUUUAUGUCUUUUCCCAUCCCUAGUUAUUUAGCCCUAAAUAAUGAUCAAUGGCUAUUUUCUUUCUAUAUGAGAACAACUAGAGAACCAAAAAUAUAUCAGCCAAAAAUCAGCCAAAAUGUGUUUGGGUUCCAUGAAAAACUGGAUUUUGGUUUGUGCUCCGUGAUCUCAGGAGCGGUUUUCAAACAUAUUAUUCAAAAAGUAAUUUUAAUUAAAUGGUUUUGUUUAUUUUUUGGCUGGUCACAUUUUGGUUCCAUAUAUUUUUACUUCUGAGAACAUAUCAAAGGAAUAGUUAAUUGUCACAUGUUUGAAGUAAGUUAGAAAACCAUGGAAUUGAAUUUGUUACAUGCAAUAACUAGUGGAUGGAUUUAUUAUUUAACUCUUAUUUUGCAAGAACCAUAUUCUCCAAGUCAAAUGGUUUUGCAAAUAAAAGAAGGGGCUUCUUCAAUUUAUGAUGAUAACAACGAUACAGAAGGUAGUGCAAGUGAUGAUAACAAAGAGACACCAUAUUUAUUAGCAGCGAAGCAUGGUAUCAUUGAAAUGGUGACCGAGAUUCAACAAAGAAUACCUAGUGUUAUCCAUAUCACCAACGCAGAGAAUCAAAAUGUGUUGCUUGUGGCAGUGAAAAAUAGGCAACCGCAAGUUGUUCUGGAACUGAAAAAGCAAUUACCAAAAGAAGUCUGGGAACACUUAGUUAUUGGAGUGGAUGAUGAUGAAAACACAUUGCUGCACUUGGCAGCUCAGGGUUUAGAAGAAGCCAAGUCUUGGAAAGUAGCUAGCCAUGCCAUGCAACUGAUGUGGGAUAUCAAGUGGUAUCAGUACAUAAAAGAAAUUGUGCCAAGACAUUUCCACAACAGAAGCAACAACGAAAGCAAAACGGCUGUAGAUAUAUUCAAUACGACACACGAGGGGCUCAUCAAAAACGCUAGCGAGUGGCUGAAAGAAACAUCGGAAUCUUGCUCCGUGGUGGCGGUGCUUGUGGCCGGUGUUUCCUUUGCCACAGCUGGUAAUGUCCCCGGAGGCUACGAUAAUGGCGGCGAGGCAACACUAGGGGGACAACCUGCAUUCGAGGUAUUCGCCAUGGCUUCUCUGGUUGGACUGUGUUUCUCCGUCACUGGACUCAUCAUGUUCCUUUCCAUCCUCACUUCAAGACAGGUUGCCAUUGGUUUUCGAAGUAUCUUGCCCAAGAAACUCCUUAUAGGGCUGAGUUCUUUGUUUCUUUCUAUCAUAACCAUGUUCGUAUCUUUUUGCUCUGCUCAUUUCUUUCUUGUUAACCACAAUAAGUACAAAUCAAUCAUAUUCCCUUUAUACGCCGCCACUUCCAUACCCGUCGCUUUCUAUGCCUUUGAGCAGUUUCCACUCUACUUUCAUCUUCUCAGUGUUAUUUUUGCUACAGUUCCAACCACAAUUAAGGCAGGUGAACUUCUCUGAAACAAAUCCAGCUCCAAAUUUUAAUAUAGGUCGUCAUAAAACCACUUUUCAAACUGAUCCUAAUUUGAUUAGAGUUCAACACUUUGUUUUU